CAACUACGUCCACUCGAUAACCGAAAUCAUGUGCGGUAGCGACAUCUGUCUCGGCAUCAUCGCCAUUUUCUUCCCACCGAUCGCGGUUUGGGUGAAGCGCGGUCUCUGCAGCGCCGACAGUUUCAUCAACAUUGCGCUAUGCAUGCUCGGUUUCCUACCCGGUCUCUUCCACGCCUGGUACAUCAUCGCCGCGACCCCCUCGCCGACCUACGACGAACUGGCGCAAAACGACCCCGAGCGCGGCCAGGUCACAUAUUACUACGUCUCAUCACAGCCGCAGCCACGACAGCAGGUCGGUCGAGGAGGAGCACCGAUUAAGCCUGUGGGCGCCGCACCCGCGCGAAGCUAUGGAACCGUGCCGAAUCAGCAGUUCCCUCCUCAGCAAAGCCAUGUUCAGCCUCAUCCGGCACAGUACCAGGCGCCUGCCUCUUCUUCAGCAGCGGCAGGUCCGAGCGAUGAUGCAGCACCCCCGCCGAGUUAUGCGCAGGUCGUGGAGGGUGAUCACAAGGUCCAGAAGAAGUGAGGGUAAAUGGUGCAAGAGGCCAGGUGAAGUGGCGCAAAACAUGGAUGCUUUUGUUUGUGGAAUUUGUAGAAGGAUGAAUGCAGGGCUUUAGGAGUUAAUUGAUUUCGGCGCAAUUGGUUUUAAGG